AUGUUCACCACAACCAACUCCGCAGCAGCAGCAGCAUCAUCAUCAUCAUCGUGUCACGCCAAGCUUUAUGAAAUCCCAACCAGGGAUGCUGCAUGCGCCAUGCCCAUGAACAGUACCUACCACAACCUAAUGACGGACUGCUGCGGGCCCGCCAAUGUCAUCUCCUACUCGGACUGCGACUACUACUGUCUCGCGCAGAACCAAACCGUUGGCGACCUUGCGGAGUGUCUGAUUAAGGGCUCUGCAGUGGGAGAAGUGUGGUGUAAUACAAAUGCGAAUGCAACGGCGACGGGAACUGCGAGUCCGACUGCAAGCGCAACGGAAGAUGGAAAACUUGACCUGAGUGGAUCGAAUGGGGUGGGGGCUGUACGUUUGGAUAUCGUGGAUGUAUUAAUGCUGGUGCUUGUGGCGUUUGGUGGAAUUGCGCAGCCUUUUGUUUGA